AUGUCAAGUAUAAUUUAUUCUUGGGUGUCACAUGAGUUGAACCUACAUGGUCAGCCACUGGAGAAGUUAUUUGCAAACGGUUACUUUUUGGGAAAACUUUUGCACAAAUAUAACAAAUUUCAGAAAUUGUAUCUCCUAAAAAAUUCCAGCUCACCGGAAUCGAUCAUUCAAAAUUAUUCCUACCUCCGAUCAGCACUCCACGAAAUGGGAAUAAAUAUUGAUGCACACCUAAGCCAUGACAUAAUCACCGAAAAACCUGGCAGUAUACAACAAGUUCUGUACCAGAUUUACGUUAUUUUAACUGGUGUGGAUGGUUUCAACCGAUGUGAUACCAUCGACUUCAGUAAUUUCGAGCAUACACAACUGAAUACUCUCCAAAAUCUAUCUUACAAGAACCAACUAAAGCAACUCAUUCCGAGACAAUCCGAUGUUAGUUUGGCGCAAAUUCUGUCACGUUAUGAACGACAAAUGAAAAUAAAUGAGAAGCGAAUUAAAGAGGCUGAUUUAAUGGACACAUUAGAGAAAGAUGCUCUCGUCCAAAAACGUCGAAAUUCAAGACUUCAAAGAAGUCGUGACUUGCGUAUGAUGCAAUCUGAAUUAAUGGCCAAAUUAGAAGCAUCUAUAAUCAAUUUACCAAAAUCUGUUCGGAACAAACUAACAACUAAAAGUAUGGACAGGCAACAAUCCAAGCAAACACAUACAAAUAGUGUCAGUUUAAAAGAAUUGGAUGAAUUUGACUCGCGUAAAGAGAAAUGUGAACUGUGUAACGGCGAUGUAUCAAAAACAGGAGACAAAUCUAGCGAACAAUUAAGUCCAAAUUUAACACUUAACACCUCAACAGACGAUUUUAAUAAAGCGACAAUGAAUUAUAUGAAACAAAUUCAUAAAAGAGUUCACGAAGAAAAAAAAGCAAUAUGUGAGCGUCAAAAAAGAAGAAGACGAGUUAUUAUGGAUAUACUGGAAGCAAAUCACAUUCGACAAGAGGAAAUCAGAUCAGAACAAAUUAUGCAACGAUUAUCACGUCAGUCUCACUUAGAAAGUCGUAUUUCUGUACAAUUAGAACAAAUUAAACAAGAAAAAUCAAUAAUUUUGGAAAAUCGCCUUGAACGAGAGCGACAAUAUGAAACUAGAAGAGAAUUAGAGUUUCAAUUAGCAAUGGAUCAUGAAAGAGAAAUGCUGCUUCAACAAAAAAAGGAAGAAAAAGAUAAACUUAUAGUAUUAAAACAACUUUGGUUUGAACAAAAAGCUAAACGACAACAAGCUUCUUAUAAGCGUCAUUAUGAAUUUAUUCAAAACGAUAUCAUACCAUUAUUAUUACAAUUUGUUAUGAAUGUUGCUGAAUAUCGGAUGUUCACAGGGAAGCUAAUUCCAUUAAGACUUUUCCGUCAAUGGAAAAUCGAAUUCGUAAACGGUCUGUUAGUGAACGACACAUCAUCAACAGAGGAUCAGGCAGACGAUCCUGUUGAAGAAGAAAUGUCGAAUGUGGCUAACCAACUUAAAUUAGAAAAGAAUCAAAUCAUCGAAGAUCAACAAGAAUUACUAGAUGAUUGUGAUUUGGAUGAGUAUCAAAAUCUUACUGGCGAUUGGAACCUAGAAAAAAUUGGUACACUCUCUAUGAAAUCAUUGCCGAAUGACUUAAUUCCGCAUGUACAAGGUAAACCAGUUGAAUGGAUCGACUUCAAAGAUGAAUGUAAAACAAGCGAAUUCAAACUACCAAAUGAUAUCAAUCUAAUAAAAACCAAUCCAGUUUUAGAAUGGAUAAUUAAACGUUUAUAUAAACUUAAUUUUCCUCCAACCACUGAAUCAAAUAAAUCAGAUUUACCGGAAUUCCCGAUUAAAUUAGCACUACUUGGUAAACCUUUAAGUGGCAAAACAACUAUAAUAAGCCAGUUAGAAAAGAAUAAUAGAUGUGUUGGAAUCAAUCCAUACAAACUUAUAGAAGAGGCAUUAAAAGCUUAUGAAACUAAAGAAACUGACGAAUGUUCCAAUACACCCAUUGAAAGUUCUAAAUUAGCUGAAACAGAAACCUCUUCAACGGUCACACUGUCAGCUAAAGCGAAACUCGGUGAAAUGUUAUGGAAUGAACUAAAAGUUGGAAAAGAAAUCUCCGACGAUCUUUUAGUUGACUUAGUGUACGAAAAAGUCAAAACUCUUGAACCAACAACUGGUUUUAUACUAGAUGGAUUUCCAACAAAUUACAAUCAAGCUAAAUUGCUGGAACAAAAAUUAACCGGAAACACAACGGUAACGGAUAACAACUCAUCGAACAACAUUUCACUACUUCUAGACGUACAAAACUCAACAGAUUCGAAGUUAAAAAAUAGUUUAGAUUUGAUUAUUUUACUAGAUAUAUCAGAUGAAUUAAUUUUAAAACGUAUAGCACAUACAACGUUAUCCAAACAGUAUUGA